AUGGACGCAAACCGCGCAAAGGGCGACCCCGUCCUAAAACAUGUGGACGAUGCAGACACGGGGGCUGAUACGUACGCCGCUAUCAUGGCAACUCAGAAGCCCGAUCCUCGGGGGCCAGGAUAUAUCAAGCUGUACAUGCUUGCCUCGAUGGUGUUCCUCUGCUCGACGAUGAACGGUAAGCCAGAUGUCCUCAUCAAAUUCCUCGAGGUGUUAACUUACAACUUCGCAAAAGGAUUCGACAGCUCCCUUAUGGGAUCCAUCAAUGCGCUGCCCAACUACACCUCUUACUUCGGGUUACCGACGAACGGGAACACGAGCACUGGUAUCGUCUUUGCCAUCUUUCAGGUCGGUCAAAUGUGUGGUGCGCUCUUCAUUUGGAUGGCGGAUUGGUACGGCCGAACCUGGCACAUCUUCUUCGGGUGUCUGGGAGUUUGUAUCGGGACAAUAGUCACUGCACUGGCUACCAAUCUGCCCAUGUUCAUCGGCGGCCGCUUUCUUCUGUCCUUCUUCGCAACUUGCGCACACACCUCGGCCCCUUUGUACUUGGUCGAGAUCUCUCCUGCCGCGUACCGAGGAACGAUCGCCGGGAUGUACAACACGUUCUACAAUGUGGGCUCCAUCUUGGCGACCUCUGCCGUUUACGCAUGUCAUCUUCAUCUUGGCGACAAGGGUGACUUGGAUUGGAGGAUCCCGCUGUGGCUUCAGAUGGUGUGUCCGGGACUCGUUUGCUUGUUGAUUAAGUUCUUUCCCGAGUCGCCUCGUUGGCUCGUCGCCAAGGACCGCCACGAGGAGGCCAAGAACAUCAUCGCCGUGUACCACACCAACGGCGACGUCGAACACCCUCUCGUCGAUCUACAAAUGAGGGAGAUGAUAAACUCGGUCGAUCCCACCCACGUCCCAUCCUGGAGAGACCUCUUCGAUCUGCGGGUUCUGGUAGAGACGCGGUCGAGCCGGUACAGGCUGAUGCUCAAUGUCGCGUUUUCAUGGUUCGGCCAAUUCAGUGGCAACAACAUCAUCUCUUACUACCUCCCGAUCAUGCUUUCAGGGGUCGGAAUCAGGGACACAAACACUAAGCUGAUCCUCAACAUCGUCUACUCGGUCAUCGGCUGGGUCUUCUCGACCGCCGGCUCGCGCCUGCACGACAUCGUCGGCCGCCGCAAGAUGCUCAUCACCACCACGUCGGGCAUGACGAUCUGUCUGGCCAUCGUGGCGGGCUGCUCCGCGGGGUACACCGACUACGGCAACACGACGGCGUCGACUGUCAGCAUCGUCUUCAUUUUCGUCUUCGGCGCCGUCUUCUCCGCCGGUUUUACACCGAUGCAGCCCAUCUACCCGGCCGAAGUGGUCAGCAACAAGAUGCGCGCCAAGGCCAUGGGCACGUUCAAGCUGACGGCCGGCGCUGCCGGUUUCCUCAAUACCUUUGUUGGGCCUAUUGCUCUUUCUAGCAUCGGAUACUGGUUUUACGUCUUCUUCGUGGCGUGGGACAGCUUUGAGAUUGCCUUCAUGUACUUCUUCUUUGUUGAAACCAAGGGUUUCACGUUGGAAGAGUUGGAUGAGAUCUUCGAGGCUGAGAACCCUCGCAAGGCGUCUGUGAAAGCGAAGGAGAGGCAGACUCAGAUCAUGAGAGAAGGCGCCAUCGUAGCGUAG